UUCAAAACCAGAAAACAAUCUGAAACCCAAAGACUAAAAUUUCCACCUUUUCAAAUUUCAAAAAUGCAGAGGUCAACCAAGAAAGCUAAACAAGAGGAAAUUGUUUCAGUCAACCAUCUAAUUUCAAAGCCAAAGUUCAGUGAUGAACAAGAGUUUUCUAUCAUGGUUUCUGCUUUAACAAAUGUUAUAACAGGUGAUACAACUCAAUAUGCUAUGACCACAAACAGUGCCACCAUUGUUUCAUCGUCUUCACCUUCUACGAGCAUGUCAAAUAUAGAGCCUCCUCUGUUUCGCGUUCCAACAGAACCAGAGCCAUGUCAAUUCUGUAAAAUAAAAGGGUGUAUAGGUUGCAACUAUUUUGGAGCCAGCCCAGUUGCUGAUGAGGAUUAUAACAAGAAGGCAAAGACUGUAGUUUUCAAGAAAAAGAAGAAGAAUUACAGAGGGGUGAGACAGAGACCGUGGGGAAAAUGGGCUGCAGAAAUUAGAGAUCCAAGAAGGGCAGCUAGAGUAUGGCUUGGGACUUUUAAUACAGCAGAGGAUGCAGCUCGAGCUUAUGAUAAAGCUGCUAUUGAAUUUAGAGGUCCUAGAGCUAAGCUUAAUUUCUCAUUUGGUGAUUAUACAUCAAUACAACAGCAGAAUGCAACUACUAGUACUACAUUUUCUAUAUCCCAGCAACAACGUCAAGUGCCUGUACAGUUACAGCAGGGAAUUAACACAGAUUUUGGUAUUGAAAAAGAAGAAGAAUUCUGGGAUCAAUUAAUGGCAUCGGACAAUGAAAUUCAAGAUUGCUUGAGGAUGAUGGAUUUCAAUGGCGAGUCUUCUUAUUCUGGUGGAGGGAGCAUUGCUCAUAGCUUCUGAUUUGCAAUUUCAAGAAUUGGAAAGGAAAAGAUAAAAGGAACAAAUUAAAUAAAUCAAAAUGGACUAAGGUGUCUUGAAUGCCCAUUUAGUUUUAACAAAUUUGGGCUACUGAAUACUGAAUAUUUCUUGUUAUUAUAUGCAGAUUGUAUCAUAAAUGUACUUACUAGAAUAGAUUUGGAUUUUGUACGGGAAAUGACUUACAUGUGGGGCCUGAAAAACUAAGAGAAAUCACCUGGUGAUUUUGAUUGCCGCCAACCAAGGAACUUCACAUACAAUAUUGUUAAAGACGCAUGCAUACAUUAAAGUAAAUAAUUGGGAGCAUAAUUUACA